AUGCACGAGGUCCAUGAGCGCCCGUUGGCCGAUGCCCCUAGCAGUAGCACAGCACUCUUGAACAAGGCACCAGUCUCUUCAGCUCGUGCUAUGGACAUAUACACAGGUCCAGUAUAUAGUCUCUCUCUGCAUGCACAAUUUCCAAUGAACGGCUAUAGAUGUCGGAUCGUGGAGAGAGGUGGUGCGGGGACCAAUGAAACCGGCAAAUACGGCUCGGUGCCCGGUGUUUGCUGCAGGAUGCACGCGGCCGCUGCAUGUGAAGACGCCCGACUUACACGGACGACUUGGGGCGAGUCUCGCUCCACGCCUUUGCUGCUCAGCCGGCAGAAGAAAAAUAUAUAUAAAGAAGUAAAUAUUCCCGUCCAAGAGAUUCCUCUUGCAGACAUCAUCUAUCCGGUUUCUGCACGUUUCUGCACAUCAUCCUCGUCCCCAACCAUGCUGGCCAAGAGUCUCUUAUCCGGCGCCCUCGUGGUCUUCCACGCCCUCAUGGCCGCCGCCGCCCCUGCCCUCCCGCACUCCCCCCGGACCGCGCCCAUCGUCCCCAGCCAAGACCCCUUCUACGCCGUGCCCGCCGACAUCGGCUCCUCCCAGCCCGGAGCCAUCCUGCGUCACCGGUCGCCGCCGGCCGCCAUCGCCGUCUUUGGCGUGGACCCGGUGCGUCUCGCCGCGUCGUACCAGCUGCAGUACCGGACGACGGACAGCCUGGGCAACGCGACGGCGACGGUGCUCACCGUCAUGGUGCCGCACGGGGCCAACCCGCGGCGCGUGCUGUCCUACCAGGUCGCCGAGGACGCGGCGUCGCCCGACUGCGCGCCGUCGUACGGGCUGCAACGGGGCUCCGCGCGCGGCACCGUGCUCACCCAGGCCGAGAUGCUGCUCAUCGAGGCCGCGCUCGAGCAGGGCUGGGUCGUCGUGCUGCCCGACUACGAGGGCCCGCAGGCCAUGUACCUCGCCUGGCGCCUGGCCGGCCAGGCCACGCUCGACGGCAUCCGCGCGGCGCUCGCCUCGACGCCCGUCACCGGCAUCCAGCCCGACGCCACCGUCGCCAUGUGGGGGUACUCGGCCGGCAGCGACGCCACGGCGUGGGCCGCCGAGCUGCACCCGACGUACGCGCCGGAGCUCGCCAUUGCCGGGGCCGCCAUCGGCGGCACCACGCCCAACAUCACCAACGUCAUCGCGACGACCAACCGCGGGCCGUUUGCCGGGCUGCUGCCCGCGGGCGUGCAGGGCCUGGUGCGGCAGUACCCGGCGCUGGCGGCGGUCGUGGACCGGUACCUGCGGCCGGCGCACCGCGCGGCGUUUGCGCAGACGCGGCGCCAGUGCCUGCUCGCCGACGCCAGCGAGUUCUUCUACCAGGACGUGCUGGGCAUGUUUACGGAUCCGGGGUUCUACCGCACCGACCCCGUCGUGGUGCGCAUCCUCGACGAGAUUGCGCUCGGCCAGGCCGUGCCGCGCAUCCCGCUGUACUGGUACAAGUCGACGCACGACGAGGUGAGCCCCGUGGCGGACACGGAUGCCGUGUAUGACAGGUACUGCGCCGCCGGCGCCACGGUCGAGUAUGUGCGCGACGAGGCGUCGGAGCAUGCGAGCGCGGCGUGGACGGGCGCGCCAAGGGCGCUGGCGUGGCUGAAGCACGUCAUGGAGGGCGGCGCGGUCAGGCCUGGGUGCUCCAAGGAGACGACCAUCUCGUCGCUGCUGGAUAUGUCGACGGUAAAGGUGUUGCCGGGGGUUAUACUGGAUGCGCUGUUGGACUUGGUUGGGAAGCCUGUUGGGCCAAUCAUGUUUGGUUAG